CAAUGAUGGCAUCGCACGGAGAAGACACGGGAGCAUCAAAGUCUGAGGAGCAAAGGGAGAGAAAAACAACCGCGGUGUCGUUUGGUUUUACUAAAACAGUUAGCAAAUUUAAACCUCCUGGUGGUGACGCUGUGACCAAGAAAGAAGACAGAGAUUACUUGACUGGAAUUGAUAGAAAUGAAUUGCAGAGUUCAAAACCAUCUGAGAAGCCCAAAGAGCUCAUCAUCCCUCUGAUCCAGAAGAACCGCUGGCACAGACAGGACCGAGCGGGCCAGAGCGAGGAGAGUAGCGGCAAAACACAGGAAACAACCCAAGAUAAAGACUCUGUGGAUUCUCAAGCUGUCAAAGAACUCAUCGAAGAAUCACGGAGGCAGCUUGAUCAGUGGCAGAAUGGCCCCCAGUCAAAAAGUACCUUGAACCUUACCAUCCCCUUGUUGAUGCAAAACAAAGUGCCAGAGGGCUUUGAGGAUGGAGACCAUGUAAAGGUGGAUCUACGGCCUGAAUCUUCAACAGAGGCCGAUUAUGAUACCGUUCCUGUUGAGGCUUAUGGACUCGCUAUGCUGAAGGGGAUGGGGUGGAAGAAAGGGGAAGGCAUUGGACGCACCUUUAAACAAGAUGUGAAGCCAAUCGAACACCAGCUUCGUCCAAAAGGCUUGGGUCUAGGAGCAGAUCGCUCAGCGAUAAAGGACCUGGAACCGACCAGACAUAAGCGUCCCCCUAAGCCAGGCGAGGAGCGAGAGAAGGAGGAGGAACUAGUGAUGGGUCCUGGGGGCUGUGUGCUGGUGGAGUCAGGGGCACAUAAAGACCUGUAUGGCAAGAUCGAAGGCGUUGAUCCAGACAACGCUCGAGUUAUGGUGAAGCUGGCUAUUGGCGGCAAGACUGUGACAAUCAGCCAGUACGCUAUUAAACUGGUUGGGUGCAAGGAAUACGACAAAUACAGCAAAGACCUCAGUCGCCUCAGUAAAGCUCACAAAGACAAGGAAAAGGAAAAGGAGAAAGAGAAGGAAAAAGAGCGAGAGAAGGAGCGCCGGAGACGGGAGGAGAAAGAGAGGCAAGGUAAUGGUGACGAGGUGAAACACAAGUCUUCAGAUAGAGAUGGAGGAAAAGAUGAGCGGAAGAGGAAACACAGAGAAUCAAGUCAAGACAGAGAGAAGCCUCCAGUGAAAGAAGCGAGGCGGCCACCAGCUCCCCCCUCCUGGCUCCAGAGAGACUUAAAAGUUCGCUUUAUAGACAAAGCUUUCAAAGGGGGCAGGUACUACAACUCAAAGAUGUGUGUGGAGGAUGUCUUGACACCAACUACCUGUGUGUGUCGAACUGAAGAGGGAAGACUGCUAGACGUUUUACGCUGAGGGAACGGUCUCCUGUGUAGCUUUGAGUGGCAUCAAUCAUCUCAUCUAAGUCUGAGCAAGAAAGCAAGUAUUUCCUGAAAUGUCAAACCCCUGACAUUCUGAUAAUGCAUCUUCUAAUAUACACCAUACUGAUGUUCCUUGUUGGCAAAUAUUUUAUGUAUACAUUGAUCAUUGAUUGGGUUUAUGUACUAUUCCUUGAUACUGUGGAUUUUGUGGGAUUUCUUAUCUGAAAUUAUUAUGUGUCUUAUUGGCUAAGACUGUAGAAAUAUCAUAUCUGCUGAAUUAAGAUGAACAGGUAAUCACCUCUGACUGACACUAUAUUAACUGUUACUGUAAAAAGUCUUAGGUAAAUAACCCACUGUUUCUUCUU